AUGGCCGCGAAACCCAUCAAAGAUGUCGUCGCCGUCGGAAAGAAAUAUACACAACAAAGCACCGGCAUCUGGGAGACCGUCCGCAAAUUGUUUUCCGUUGACCCGAACCGCAGCAACGGUGUUCCUGUAAAACACUUCCGCAACCCGACCCCCGGCAGUCUCGAUCCCAAGUCCUACGACGACGCCGUCACCACUCCCGCCGCCGACAUCGCAGAUAACCCGUAUUGGAAGAGAGAUGUCCGACGGGCGUAUCCAAAGCUGAGCACGGUCACACAAGGUGAUGUGGUGGGGCUAUUAACAGUGGGAAGUGCGGCGAAUCCGAGUCCGAAGCUGUUGGCUGGUGAGGAAGGCAGCAAGCAACUGGUGGCCGUGAAGCACGAAGGAGAGAAGGGAUUGGCACCAUAUUUCGACCAUGAGAAGGCCGCGGCAGUGUUGGGAGAGAAUGGGCUACCCCCUAUGCCGGUAAUGCACGGGUACAAGAAGGAUGUCAAGUAUGAGGUUGGGCCGACGAGCUAUGGAGAUGGUUAUCCGUGCCGAAGCUUUGUCUAG